CAUGAGCAUCGCCGACCAGGUCCAAGGCCUGAUGGACGACGUUCUCGGCCCAGAGCCUUCUCCAAAGCGACGCCGACUUGCUUCCAACUCACCACACUCGUCCGACGACAACGACCAGAAGCCCGACCACGACACGCCGACGGACGCAGAGAAUGGAUACGCUUUCGAGGAAGAGUCAGAUACCGCAGACCAACCUACCACCAGCAACGAGCAGACCCCGCGUGGACGAGACCAGCAAGCAGACGACUCUCGGCCCUUGGGCGUGCACUACAAGCCAUACAUGACUCUGAGAGGCCACAAGAGAGGUGUCGCUGCCUAUGGAAUGCUCAAACAGGAACAUUGGUCCACACGCUUGAANGGCCACCUUGCCGGUGUAUCUACAAUAUCAUGGGCUCCCGACUCUAUAGUCCUUGCAUCAGGCUCCGACGACAAAUCAAUCAGGCUCUGGGAUGUCCGAACGGGGAAAUGCAUGCCGACCGCCUUGACGGGUCACCACAACUAUGUAUACUGCAUUGCCUUCUCACCAAAAGGCAACAUGCUCGUCAGCGGAUCAUACGAUGAAGCUGUCUUUCUCUGGGAUGUGCGGACAGCUCGAGUCAUGAGAUCGCUACCUNGCUCACUCCGACCCGGUCUCGGGAGUCGACUUUGUGCGAGACGGGACACUGGUGGCAUCCUGCUCGAGCGAUGGUCUCAUUGUCUGAAGACGCUGGUCCACGAAGACAAUGCACCAGUCACAUCAGUACGCUUCUCGCCCAACGGUAAAUUCGUGCUUGCAGCGACACUGGAUUCGAGUGUCCGGCUAUGGAAGUAUGUCGAAGGGCGAUGCAUCAAGACAUAUCAGGGCCACAAGAAUCAGAAGUUCAGCAUCAAUGCAUGUUUCGGGACAUUUUAUGGCGAAGAGGAUGACGAAGAAGAAUCAGCAUUCGCCAUGUGCGGCGAUGAGGAGGGCAAGGCGGUGAUAUGGGAUGUCAACACGAAGAAGGUGCUGCAGGUCUUGGAUGGACACGAGGAUGUGGUGCUUGGGGUCGACAGCAGCCCGGACAGCGUCAUGGUAGCGACGUGUAGCCUGGAUGGGAGCGUCAGGGUGUGGAAGAACAGCCCUGAUAAGAAU